UGUCCAAAAGUCAAACACAAACAGUUCUUUUGAUAUAAUAUCUGAUGAUUCUGCGAAUCUUAGGACUUUGGAUGAUGUGGCAAUAGACAAUCAACGUUUACUUUGAAAUCACGUAGGCCUAAUUAUUCUUGUUACACAUUUUCAACCAAGAUGUCCUUGUGUAAAGUCACUGUUGUUGUUUUGGGCGACAUAGGCAGAAGUCCUCGUAUGCAAUAUCACGCUUCAUCUUUCCUUAAAGAAGGAUAUCAAAUAGAUAUAGUUGGUUACAAGGGCAGCAGACCUCUUGAAUACUUGAGGUCACAUAAAAAUUGUUCAAUAAAAUAUCUACCAGAAGUCCCACAACAAAUAAAAAAUUUACCUGUGCUGCUUUCUUAUUUUCUGAAGAUAAUAUGGCAAGUAUUAACUCUGAUGUCGGUCUUGCUCUCUUGUGGACGUUCCAAUCACCUCUUGCUCCAGACUCCUCCGGCCAUUCCGGCACUAGCGGUGUGUUGGCUUUACUGUCGCUUGGUCCGAGCCAACUAUGUCAUUGAUUGGCACAACUAUGCAUACACAAUCAUGGCACUGACACAUGGCAAGGGACACAAGCUGGUCAAGAUAUCAGAGAAGUUCGAAGGUUAUUUCGGAAGGAAAUCAGAUGGAAACCUUUGUGUGACUAAGGCUAUGAAAAACGAUUUAAUGGCAAGAUGGAGCAUCAGUGCAGUGACACUGUACGAUAGACCUCCCGAACACUUUGGUUCGAUCACUGAAGAUGACAAAGAGGCUCUAUUUUCCAAAUACUCAGAACUGUCUGCGGCCAGGCUGGGAACCGAGGGACGGCCGGCACUGCUGGUGUCUAGUACUAGCUGGACGGAAGACGAAGAUUUCUCUAUUCUUCUGUCUGCCUUGCAAGAGUAUGACCGCUGUACAGACCUGAAACUGCCUAAGCUGCUUUGUGUGAUCACUGGUAAAGGCCCUCUCAAGGAUCUUUACAUGAGGAGAGUUACUUCACAGGAUUGGUCCAAGGUUGAUAUUGUGUCUGUGUGGCUGGAGACAGACGACUACCCCCGACUGCUAGCCUCAGCUGAUCUGGGAGUUUCACUACACUCCUCCUCGUCUGGCCUGGAUCUGCCAAUGAAGGUCGUGGACAUGCUGGGCUGUGGUCUACCUGUUGCCGCUCUACACUUCCAGUGUUUGGAGGAGUUGGUGAGACAUGGAGAGAAUGGUCUGGUGUUCAAGGACAGUUGUGAACUGGCCAAACAGCUGCAAGACUGGUUCACAGGCUUUCCUUCUCACAGUUCCCAUCAGAAGUUUGCUAAGGCAAUCACUGAGUUCCAGUCAUUGAGAUGGCACGAGAACUGGAAAGUACAGGCCAUGCCACUGUUUGCCAAGCAAUAGAUGAGUAUCAAGGUUUCUAAACUACGCACGUUUUAAAAUGCAAGAAGGGUUUUUACUGUGUAAAUUGUAUAGUUGUAAAUUGUAUUGUAUAUUUGGUACCUUAAAUAUAAAUAUACCUUAUAUGUGGUUAAAGACACUGAUAGCCUAGGCUUAUUUUGAGCAUAACAUUCCAAGUAACUUUUUAAGGCUGGUAAAAUUUAAGGAUUUUUUUUUCUCUUAGAUUGCAUCAUUAAUCAGGUGUCAACCUGUCUUGUGGCCAAGCAUUGGGUUUCCUCCUUUUGUUAUUAUCUACUGAUUUGUUUUGAAUAAAAUAUUAUUUAUCAUUAAAUUUUUUGAUUUUUUGAAUGAUAUAUAACUUUUUUGCUUUUCAUCUAAAAUUUCACAAAAUGUCAAACCUCUCAAACCUUUCCUUACAACGUUAAUGUUUAAUAGAAUAUUGUCUUGCUACUGUCGAUUUUGCAAAACAUUACGGGUUAGUUAUAUAUGAAAUUGCCUUGUUAAAUAAUAAAGUACCUACCGUACUUCAAAAAUUGUGGUGAGGCAUCUUGCCAAGGUAUAAAUUAAUUAUUAGCCAAUCAACUGAGUUAUGUGAAUUGUAUUUAAACUGAAGAAAAUGUUGAUUUUUAUAAAUCUGUAAACGUAAAGACUGAUGUAAGGAAUAGCAGGGGAUCAAAAUUCAAUAGAAAACAAAGCCUUAAUUAUUAUGUUUAUAUUUGUUGUAAUUUAUAUGUACAAAUAUACAAGUAUAUAUUUCAAGACAAUAUGUGAUGAUUUUAGAGCUUUGUACAUAAUGAUCAAUAAAAAUAUACAUCUUCAUUAA